CGGAGCCGCCGGAGGCAAGUGCGCCCGGAGGACCCGCCGAGCUUCCCAUGGCCGACCUGAGCUUCAUCGAUGAUACGGUGGUCUUCCCUGAGAAGGAGGAGGAUGAGGAGGAGGAGGAGGACGGUGUGGAGUGGGGAUACGAGGAAGGUGUUGAGUGGGGCUUGGUUUUUCCUGAUGCUAAUGGGGAAUAUCAGUCUCCUAUUAACCUCAACUCCAGAGAAGCCAGAUAUGACCCCUCACUGCUCGACGUCCGCCUCACUCCAAAUUACGUGGUUUGUCGAGACUGUGAAGUCACCAACGAUGGGCAUACUAUUCAAGUGAUCCUCAAGUCAAAAUCAGUUCUAUCAGGAGGACCGUUGCCUCAAGGGCAUGAAUUUGAACUAUAUGAAGUUAGAUUUCACUGGGGCAGAGAAAACCAGCGUGGUUCUGAGCACACUGUUAAUUUCAAAGCGUUUCCCAUGGAGCUCCAUCUAAUCCACUGGAACUCUACCCUGUUUGGCAGCAUUGAUGAGGCUGUGGGAAAACCACAUGGAAUUGCCAUCAUUGCUUUGUUUGUUCAGAUAGGAAAAGAACAUAUAGGCCUGAAGGCUGUGACUGAAAUUCUCCAGGAUAUUCAGUAUAAAGGGAAAACUAAAAUAAUACCCUGUUUUAAUCCUAACACUUUAUUACCAGACCCUUUGCUUCGAGAUUACUGGGUGUAUGAAGGCUCUCUUACUAUCCCACCAUGCAGUGAAGGUGUGACCUGGGUGUUAUUCCGAUACCCUUUAACUAUCUCCCAGCUACAGAUAGAAGAAUUUCGAAGGCUGAGGACACAUGUGAAGGGAGCAGAGCUUGUGGAAGGGUGUGAUGGGAUUUUGGGAGACAACUUUCGGCCCACCCAGCCCCUUAGUGACAGAGUCAUCAGAGCCGCCUUUCAGUAGUCAAAGGGAUGAGGAGUGAGUCUGCGUCGUCUGGGAGGAAGAAAAUGGCCUUCCAUGAGAAACGGAAACUUCUGAACUACUAUUGAGCUAUGACUUUGGCUUAGCCUCAAAGCCUGCAUUGUCUUCAUCUAAUCCCGCCUCGAUGGACGUCUGUGACCUCGCCCGAGUACAAGUGCUAAUGAAACAGAACCGGCUGUACAGUUAGAGAAACCCUUCGCUAUAGAGCCACAUGACGGUUGUCCAUAUUCAUAUUUUUGCCCAUUCUGUACAAUGUAUUGCUUAUGGGUAAAAGGAAUGAAAAUAGUUUUUAGAGCUAUUUUAUUGCAUAUAAAAAUUAUAUAUAGCAUGUAUUAAUACUGACAGAAAAAAUACUUUCCCAACAUUAGUGUUCUUUUAUUUUCAGUCUCCAACAGAAUGUCCCCUCUUUCAGAGAACAGUGUAAUUCUUGACAUUGGAUUAAGAGUUUGGGUGAAGAAUGUAGAGCAUGAAGUGCAAUAUGAAGGAUUUCCAAAAAUGCCUGAUGUUGCUUUUUAGUACCCGUACAACAAUGGCUGCUUUGUCAGGGACAGAGUUUUGGACGUUAUCUUUUAUGUAUUAUUUUCUUAGUGAAAGGAUAUAAUUUAAUAUUUGAAUCUAAUCAUUGUAUUUAUUUGACAAAUUGCAAGCUAGUUUUUAUGACUUUGGAAUAGAUAUAAGAAACAAAUUAAAAAGAGAGUAGGUAGAAAUAUCAGGAAUAGUUUUAUUUCCCAUGCAUUAGAAUAUAAACUUAAAACCAUAUACUAGUUAACAUAUAUACUUUGUAAGAUUUCAAAUAUGUUAUUUUAUCGAUUUGAUUUCUUUAGUAAAUUUAAACAAUAUCCUUAUUUUAAUUAAUUUAAGUGUUACUUGCAAAUUUUAGCAUAUACUUAAUUACAGUUAGGUAAAAUAAUAUGAUUUAUGUACAAUAAUAUAGUGUACCUCAUAAGUUAUAUUUGUUGUUAUUAUUGUAAAGCCAGUCACUUCAAUAACAUAAUCAAAAUGUGAUGCAAAAUGUGGUAAAUUAGAAGUAGAAAUAAUGUAGACGUUACAAGUAUGUAUUCCGGGAAGAUGGAUGUGUUGGAAAGAGGUUGUAUUAAUGAAAUAAUAUCAAUAAAAGUAAUACCAAAGUACACAUUGAAACAGAAUCAAAGCUGGCACAUUUUGGAGUGUUAGGCCCAGACGAGGACAAGAUGAAAGCUAAGGCAAUGUCACUUCAUCUGGCCCUGGCUGUGUCAGGGAAGUCUCUGAUAGGUGGAGAGGGACCUCGGGUCCUUUCUAUAUGUUUUUUUACUUUCCUGUAGGCUCAGUGAAGAAAUGUCAGUGUGUGGCACCAGGACCGUGAUACUGCUGUUCCUACAUGUAUACUAAAUAUGUGGCAGGUUCAGUCUUAUUUGAAUGAGGCGCCAGCUCAAGGGCACACUUAGGACACUUUUGGUAAACUCUAUACUCAAGUCCUAGAGAAAAAAAAACAUUCUCAGAGACUCAGCCUUUCCAUUCCUGACUGUUGGUACUUAGCAGCCAGGAACUGUUCUUGGGCUUGAUUUCUGAUGCUUUUAGAAUCUCUGAUCAUCUUGCUCUGAAAAAAUAUAAAAUAAACACAACAACAAAACAAUUUGUAAUAUCUUUCAGAGUUUUAUCUAAGCUCUCAUAUUUCUCCCUCCAAAUUGAUUUUCUUUUUUAUUACUUAGACAGUUGUAUUUACUUACUGCAUAUUUCUCUGAGUUAAAGGGUUAAAAUGCACUACUUGAUUUCAUUGUGGUAUCUACUGAUGAGAUUUUACUGAAACAAUAUAUGAUUUUUCUUGGUAACAGCGUAACCCCCUUGCACAUUAAUCUCCUAUGCAUGCCAUGUGCAUUAUGUAUGUGUGCAUGUUAUUUAUGUGAUAAAUAUAAUCUUUAGUAUGGAAAAAUCUCAUCAUCUUACAAUUACAUACCUGGACUUUAAUAUGGAUGCUAUUUAUUGUGAUGCUUUAAUAGAAAUUAAUGUGAAAUAGUGUUAGUCAAUCAACAAAAGUACAAAUAACUGAUCUAAAAUCUCUCUCUCUCUCUUUUUUUUUUUGAUAGUGGGAUAGAAAAUCCAAAAUAAAGCUAUCUGAUGGUUCCUCAAUUUCAGAACAGAGCCUUUAAAGCAAGGAUGGGAGCAGUUAGAUAUGAGUAGUCACAGAUCUCGUGGACUUUUGACUUAAUUUAGGGUGGAUAUUGUGCAACAAAUAUGAGGGAGAAAGAUGAAGUUAUCUGCUACCAUAAAGAGUUACAACAUCAGAAAUCCUGUAUAGAGUCACCAAUAAGAGUCAGUUUGGGUUUAACUUGGUUUUUCUUGUUUAGAAUUACUUCCUAUGAUAGUUUUGUAUGUGUUUGCAAGUAAUACUCACUGAGGUAGUGAGGUGGUAAUGCAUGACCUUCUAAUGUCCUUUAGGAAAAUAGAAGAAGCAGAGAAAAGAUGCUUAAAUUGGAAAUGUUGUGCUGGAGCCCACUUAGGUUAGACUGAAAUGAAAUUUCCGGCAAGUUUUAGGCUUCAGUUUGACAGGAUGCUUAUUUGGAAGUGAUAAGAUAAGUUUUAAGAAACCUUUCUAUUUCUGAAAGUUGAAUAAAUCUGCAUAAAUUCUGCCUGGUCAUGCUCCUCCCUACUGGAACAUUGCAGUUUCAGCCAGGCAGUAGAGUCACUGUAAAGGCCCAGAUUUACCAGUUUUGUGCCUAUUUAUUUCUAGGGUAACGACAGCACAAUUCUUCUGAUAUACUUAGUUGCAUUGGAAUAAUAUUAGAGUUCAGUCAUUCUAAAUAGUAAUUUUCCUGUGAAAUUAUAUUAUAUUCUGACCCAAGGACUUUAGAAAGUGCAUAUCAAAGUCUACUUGUUAAGCAAAAAAUGAUUUCUUAUAACUCAAAGAUAUAUUUUUUGGCAUAAAGCAUAUAUAGUAUUAUUCUGUGCACAAGUGGGGCCAACAUGGACCUUUUGCAAUUUCAUUCAUAUUAAAUAAAAUUCCUUGCAGAUA